AUGACGGGACAUCUGAGAAGUCUGUUGAAAUUCUGUUUGGUGUGCGUUUGCUUGUUCGAGUUUAUCGCAGCCAACGCACCGCUGGUAAAAGUAAAGAAUGGUACGUUGUCGGGUCUGUUUAUGAGAACAAGGAAGGGCAGGGAAUUCGCCGGAUUUCGGGGCAUACCGUAUGCGCUUCCACCUGUUCGAGAACUCAGAUUCGAGGCUCCGAAACCGGCAGCUGCCUGGGAUGGAGUACGAUCGGCUAAAGACGAUGCCAACAUAUGUGUUCAAAGAAAUAUCUUCACCUACGACGAUGCGAUCGUCGGUGACGAGGAUUGUCUUUAUCUGAAUGUCUACACACCGAAAGUGCCCACUGCGGAAGAUAAAUUAAAGGGAGGAUAUCCGGUUAUGAUUUGGCUGCAUGGUGGCGGAUGGGUCUGUGGCGCCGGUCAUUCCGACUAUUAUCAUCCUAAAUUCUUAUUGGAUCACGACGUGAUUCUCGUCGCCGUAAAUUACAGGCUCGGGCCAAUAGGAUUCCUGAGCACGGAGGAUCUAGUAUGUCCUGGAAAUAACGGAUUAAAGGAUCAGGCAAUGUCCAUUCGUUGGGUACACGAGAAUAUAGCCGUCUUCGGUGGUGAUCCAAAUCGCGUGACCAUUUUCGGGGAAAGCGCGGGUGGUGCAAGUGCCCAUUACCACAUGAUGAGCGAUUUGUCGAAAGGACUUUUCCAUCGUGCUAUCUCGCAAAGUGGUACCGCCGACUGUCGCUGGGCCGUGGCAAAAUCCGGAUCGGCGAGAAAGAAGGCCACGAAGCUGGCCAAACUUUUGGCUUGUCCUUCGAAAGAUUCGAAGCAGCUCGUCGAUUGCCUGCGUACGAAAGAGGCCACUGAACUUAUUGCAACCGAUCGAUCUUUUCAAGAAUUUUCUUACUGUCCGGUGAUAUACUUCAAACCUGCGAUCGAACCUGUUCACCCUGGUGCAUUCUUAACGGAAGAUCCCGUAGUUACGUCGAGGAACGGCCGCUUAUCAGACAUUCCGUGGAUGACAGGAAUUAUGUCCGAGGAGGGAUCGCUCAUAGUACCAGGAUUGUACGGACGAGACAACGGAGAAUUGGUUAAGAAGCUGGACGAGAAUUUCUUGGAUCUCGCUCCGAUGACGUUGGUGUUCGACGAAACGUGUCGUAAAGGCGAAGAGAAACGCGUGGCCGCCGAAAUCCGCAAGUUCUAUUUCGAUCAGGCUGCCAUUGACAAUUCCACGCGAUUCCAGCUGAUCAACAUGUUCAGCGACGCUUGGUUCACUCACGCGGCUCGCACUUCGGUGCGCAACUAUCUGGAGAAGCAGUCUUCUCCCGUGUAUUAUUACUAUCUGUCGUACAGAGGAAGCGCGUCCUUCAGCAGGAUAUUUGGCGAUGUUAACAAUAAUUACGGAGUAUCUCACGCGGACGAACUUCAGUACCUGUUUCCUGUCGGAGAACAAUUAUUCAAGGAUAUACCGCUGAGCGAGAAGGACCUCGAGAUGGUGGACGUUCUCACGAGCCUUUGGUACAACUUUGCGAACUCCGGCAAUCCUACGCCGGAAGUGUCGGAGCAGAUACCGAUCAAAUGGAAACCGGUUAGAACGCAGAAUCUCGAGUAUCUUCACAUAGGACAAGACGACAUUCGGAUGUCGGAGAAUCUUCUGCGGGAGAGAAUAGACUUCUGGCAAACUUUACCGGUGCGAGCGGAUUUUGACACCCAACGUCAAUGGAAAGACGAAUUGUAAAAAAAAAGUACGUGUCGCGAAGAAUCGUAAAGUUGAACGCCCCACCGGAUGCGGUACGACGUAAAUUGUAUUUCUGUUCUCAGGUACUUUUAAAAAUCACGGGCGCGAUCGUAUCGCACGAUCGUAUUUGCAUCGGAGUCACGCAAAAUUGUCGAAGGUCGAUACUCUACCAUCGGGAACGAUCUUGCUUCAGCAUACAACGAACGAUUUUACGUACAAUAUAUGCUUUUAAUAUUCAUGGUUGUACAAAAAAGUAUACGUACAUGAUCGUAGAAAGAUUCGUGAUCGCUAUCGCUAUACACUUUUUUAAUACGUAACUCCGCAGCUAUGUUGCAUCUCCGCUACGACGUUUCGUCCGUCGACGUUCUAUCUGCAGACCAGUGUUUUCCAUUUUAGAAAAUAAGUAUAAUUGCGUUCGAGUUGGAAGAUUUUCAGCGGAGUGAAACAACGAGAAAAGCAAACGGCGAGAGUCAACGUUAGAAACGUGGAUCGUUGGAAGGAAAAUACACUGAACGCGUAGCGGUAUAUGUCCUACUCUUUCUUUUUCGCUUUCUUUCGCUUCUUGUCGGCCUUGAUUCGAUCGUUUGCUCGUUUCUCCUCGUACGUGGGACUAAGCGCCAUUGGUAAUUGCAACUUUGGUCGUGACACUCGAACAGCCAUACAAGCUAUAGAAUAAUUUUCCGGAUGACAGUGUCCGAAAACUUUGAAUUUGCUCUUCUCCUUGUGUAAAUGUUCGUACGGUAUUUCAUAGAGCGUUUGGAAAUUUAACCUCCUGGCUGAAAGUAUCGGAUCGCGUUGACGCGUUAUCUGAAAGACGACGCGAACCGCUUGGUCGUUGUCGCGAAACGGCCGACGAAACGAAACGUACCGAUGGUCUGGGCAGCUCCGGAAGUGAAUUGUCCGGCGCAAGCGGUCGCGAGGUAACUCGCUCGAGCCAUGCAAGAACGUACCAACGCGGUACCGAUGCCAUUAUUCUGAUGCUCGGGUUUUACACAGAGGAUGUCGAUCCAUACGAGUCCGUCCACGUUCAUUAUUUCGUGCGUCCGAGCCUUGGUAGUGACGUAGCCUUUCAACGUCAUUACCUGACGCAACGUCUCUCCUAGCUACAAACGGAAAACUAUUUAUCGCUACGUUUUCUAC